GUCGUUGCAUAUCGUAGAACUUUUCAUUAUGGACUUGCAAUAUCUUGAAUUACUUGGCGUGAUAGCCUUCGACGGUCUCGUAAGGAAUGGUUUACAUGUACAUCCCGAUGGAGAACACAUUAUACACGCAACGGGGAACAAAGUCACCAUAAAAAAUAUAAAGUCCGGCGAACAGACCUUCCUCACUGGCCACAAAAAUGCGGUGUCCGCAGUAUGCAUUUCACCCUCCGGAGACUUGAUAGCUUCUGGUCAAGUGACACAUCAUGGUUUCAAGGCAAUGGUCAUAAUAUGGGACUACCAGGAGCGUAAAAUGAAGUCUAAGUACGAAUUGCAUAAAGUCAGAGUCGAAGCCGUGUGCUUUACGCAGAACGGGCAAUAUCUGAUCAGUCUCGGUGGUAGGGACGACGGUCGCGUGAUACUCUGGGACAUUGAGAACGAAACGCCGCUGUGCGGUACUCUUGCCGCGAGCGAAGCUUGCGGGGACGUUUUGAUUGUCGCGCGAACGAACAUCUCCCCGACGGCUUUUGUCACCGCUGGCGAUGGAAAUUUGAGAUUAUGGCGCACGAGUACGAAAGAUCGAAAGAUCUACGGGACGGACGCGAAACUCGGGAAGAUCAAGCGUUCGAUCAACUGCGUGGUCAUCGAUGAAAAGGACGAAAAUAUUUAUUGCGGAACGACGUCUGGCGACAUUAUAAAAGCAAGAUUCAACGUCGAAGAUGACAAAUGCCCGGUCAUGGUCGGUUGUUACACGAAGAUACCGAAGCACGUGGGAAAGACGAACGGGAACGACGUAGAAGUAUACGCGGGCGGCGUAAAAAAUCUGUUGCUCUUAGAGAAAGAAAAGUUGAUCGUCGGUGCUGGUGAUGCGACGAUCGAAUUAAUUGAAAUAGCGAAAGAACCACCGCGUACCGCAAAUAAAACGAAACAGUCGCUGACUGUACCAGUUAUAGUGACACUCCGUACAGCGGACGUGUGCGCUCCGGCGACAUCGAUGGUCCGGUUUAAAAAUGACUUUAUACUCGUAGGAACUACUCUAAGCGAGAUCUAUGAAAUUCAUUUGGCCACCUUUCGCUUGCGUUUGAUAAUCACUUGUCAUACCAGUACAAUAUACGAUUUGGCAUUUCCGAGGGACUGUUCAGAGAUAUUCGCGACGACCGGUAAAAAUGACAUACGAAUAUGGAAGCUGGACAAUCAGAAAGAACUGCUCAGGAUCACCGUACCAAAUUUUUCCUGUUCCAGUAUAUGUUUCGAUUCGAAAGGAUCUAUAAUAUCCGCCUGGAACGACGGGACAGUAAGAGGUUUCGCUUUGAACGGAGGAAAGCUGCUGUUCGAGAUCAAUAGCGCUCACACGAAAUCCGUCUCGGUCGUUACGAUUACAAACGACGACUGCAAACUCAUCACUGGUGGCUGCGAGGGGCAGGUGCGAGUAUGGAACGCAGUAACCGAGAUACGUCAUCUACUGAAAGUGAUGAAAGAGCACAGGGGUGCGAUAACGUCGUUGCACGUUUCACCUGAUAACAAGAGUGUGAUCAGUUCCAGUAAGGACGGCACGUGCAUAAUGUGGGAUUUGAGAAAUUUAACGAGGAAGUUCAUGCUGAGUGGAAAUACGAUGUACAUGGCAACGUGUUUCGUGCCCAGCGGCGUACAGAUUUUAACUUGCGGCACGGAUGGGAAAGUGGCAUACUGGGAGACCAUAGACGGCUCGUGGGUUCGGGAGGUUGAGGGUUCAGUCUCUGGCAGAUUGAACACGAUCAAUUUCAGUUGCGACGGAAAUUAUUUUCUCACCGGAUCGGAUGAUAAUAUCGUGAAACUAUGGGAAUAUCGUACUGCGAGCACUGUCCGCGUAGGUCUUUCACACGCUGCCGCUGUUACCGCCAGCGCGUUCUCUCCGAAUGGAAAAUCUAUCGUUACAGUGAGCGCGGACGGUGCCGUCAUGAUUUGGAAAUACCCGUUUUCGGAAACGUCGACUACGAACGCGUCGUGAUAACGUUCGAGAGAAACUCUGCU